AUGAACUUAUACAGCAUAAUUUAUCACUGCAAAUCAUAUAGCAUUUUCAAAAUUGCAAAAAUCGUACUAAUAAUGACAAAUGUUGCAAAUCGUGGAACAUUUGGAUGUCGCACUGUGACGACAGGAGAAAACAGAGAUAAUAAAUGUUACUUUUUUCUGGAACAUACAAAUAUUCUACAAAUUUGGAACAUUGAAAUCUAUGGAUCUAUGGAACGGACAUUUAAAUUUAUGGAUAUAUGGACGGAACAUUUCUAUAUACAGAUAUAUAGAGGGAAAAUUUGUACAUACAAAUGCGCACCAAAUCAGGAACAUACAAAUCAAUGGUUUAAUGUAUGGAACAUUCUGACGCACAGAUAUAGGGCUCAAUCACUGAAACAUAUAAAUGUACAACAAAAAGUGACAUUCAAAAAUAUGGUUUCAAGGAUGGAAUAUUUGAAUAUACAUAUAUUUAUUUUUGGAAUAUAA